CUAAGAAAUGAAAUAACCUGUUGUGUUUACUUUUACAAAAAACAGACCAGUGCAGUCCAUUAGUUUCACUUUAGGACCAAAUCAUAGUAAUUUAGAAAUCCCAUGGCACCUGGAAAGUAGGCUACACGCCUUUAACAACUAGGUUAUAGCAUAAAGCCUGUCUGUCUGGUCGAAGUUUUCCUUUCCUCAGCCUAAAUUCCCCUUUUUCUCUUUCUUUCCUUCUGCCAUACCUCCUCCCCUCUCGUUUCCUCUCCAUCCUUGCGUCAUUGUUUUGAAUGGAGCAUCCUCCCGGCUUGCAUUACCUUCUGUCGGAGGAGAAGGGGAGCGGUGGGGGUUUGUGGAGGCGUGUGCUGCGCCGACCAAUUGGAGCCCGCCUCAGCCGCCGGACCGCACAUGUUUACAGGCAGCAUUCCGCCGGUAGAGGCUCUACUCGGUCGGAGCCAGACGCGGACUGGAGCUCGCUGUAGCCGGAGCUGGAGUCACAUAACGGUCGUAUUUUCAUCCGUUUUCAAUCUCUGCGGAGGGUCAGCGAGGUAUACGACCGAGUGAGGUGAGAUAAUUCGACGUAUUUUCUCCCAGUCUCCAAAGUCCAAGACGUUUUUUCAUAUAUGAGCCGCCAUUUUGCGAAAUCGUGUACAAAUGUCAUCUCGGUUCCUCAAAGCGGCGGUUAGUCCGUGUUUUCCCGCCGCCCGCUCAGCUCGCAGGGAGCAGUGGGGAAAACAAACAGGUCGAACUGAGGAAGAUUGGUAGCCGGUUGGAUGGCAGAGGUUGUUUAGCGGCGAAUGAAUCGUCUUCACGUUGUCGGUUUCCGUGCUAAUUCAAACUUGUUCGAUUUUCGGUGCUUUUUUUUUUUUAGUGCGCUGUAUUUUAGGACGCUGUUUGGAGUUUUCGCCUUCCGAGUAUGUUGCCGCUUUCUAACAUCUUAUCAGGGCUGUUGGAGCGCGUAGUCUACCCGCUGCGGUUUUGUGUUUUUCCCGACGUUGUUUACCGGCUAUAAUUCGACGUUUGAUGCAUUAAAUUCACCGGUUCACCGGCUCUGUAUUCAACGAGACACUUUUCGACAUGCAUACGAGGCGUUUGGUGAAGCGGUCGAUUCUCGGCAGCCGCGUUUAUGCGCCGAGUCCGACGGGGGACGGGGGCCCGGUGACAGGAGUGGUCCAGGCUGUCAAGCAGGAAAACAGAGACGUCUCGGCCGUUGGAGCUCGUCGAAGCGUCUACACCGUGCUCAUGCAGGACGGGAGCCUGAAGGAGUUCUCCGAGGAUGAGAUAGCCGCCGGGUUCAACCACACUGCAGCCAAAGGACCGCUGAAGUCCAGCUUGAAGCAGAGCUCAAGUAACGGAGCUUCAGAGAGCUACAAGGUCGAAGGUGGCUCCCUCAGUCCAGAGACGGUUGAGGAGCAUCGGAUGGUGGACUGCAAGCGCAUUGGCCGGGACCCCGACACCCGAUCGGUGUCUCUACUAGAGCAGAAACGCAAAGUGGUCUCCUCCAGCAUUGACGUCCCUCACGCCAGACGGUCAGAGGAGGAAGUGGACAUGGACAAGGUGACAGCCGCCAUGGUGCUGACAAGUCUCUCCACAAGCCCGCUGGUGAGGAGUCCACCUGUCAAAGUCAACGAGGGUCUGAGUAGUUCGUGGAAGGACAACGGCUCAACUGGCCCCUUCACCCCAUCUAGCAACAGCUCAUCCGGGGGCUACUGGAGCUGGUCUGCCCCCAGUGACCAGUCCAACCCUUCUACACCUUCUCCGCCACUCUCCGCUGACAGCUUCAAGCCCUUCCGCGUACCCAGUCUGGGCGGAGUGGGGCCAGGCCCCGCUGGGCCUGAAGACCCGAGCCUGGAUGAGCAGGACGGCAGCAGCCUGCUCUUCGAUGAGCCCAUCCCUCGGAAGCGCAAGAACUCCAUGAAGGUGAUGUUCAAGUGCCUGUGGAAGAACUGUGGCAAGGUGCUGAGUACUGCUGCCGGCAUCCAGAGACACAUCCGCACCAUCCACCUGGGGCGCAACUGUGACUCGGACUGCAGCGACGGCGAGGAGGACUUCUACUACACCGAGAUCAAGCUCAACACGGACUCUGUGGCCGACGGGCUGAGCAGCCUCUCCCCUGUGUCCCCGUCUGUGCUCUCUCCACCUCCUCCUCCCCCCUCUCCUCUCCCCUCUAUCAACCAGCUGCCAGACUCCCACAGACCUCCGCAGUCCUCCGACACCAAGGAGCCUCACGCUGGCGGCACCACACCGCUCAGCCGCUCUGCGCCCAGCGCACUCUACCUCAUCCACACGGACCACGCCUACCAGGCCACGGCUCCAGUGUCCAUCCCGUCCAGCAGCAGUAACUCGGCCGGCUCAGCCUCCACCAGCUUCACUCCAACUAACAGCUCCAGCUUUAGCAUCUCCUGGCAGUCGCCGCCCGUCACUUUCACUGGGAGUACGGUGUCCCCCAGCAAAAGCCAGGGCUUUGGUGAACAGCGCUCCCAGACCAUCGCCGUCCUCUCGUCCCCUCCCAGAGCCACCACCGCACUCAGUCGGAAGGUGCGUGGUGAAGGGAAGAAGUGCCGCAAGGUGUACGGGAUGGAGAACCGCGACAUGUGGUGCACCGCCUGCCGCUGGAAAAAGGCCUGCCAGAGAUUCACUGACUGAGUGUUUCCCUUCCGCCCACCAGCCGGCAUCGCCAUGUAUCACCAUGGAGCAGGAGGAGAGGCCCGUCAUUUUGCAUGCGUUUGGUUUUCUUCAGCUUAAAGUUGCAACUGUCCGUCAAGCUCCAGCUCCACUCGUCGUAACCCUCCCCACCCCCUCUCCCCUUCCUCACCUCCACUGAACCAAAGGACAGCGGAGUCACCUUUUACAUUGCCGUCCAGGACUCCCAGUACUGCCUCGCCAUUCCCAUCUUUCCCAGUUUUUGGGAAACCCCAGUGCAGCUAAACAGUGUAAAGAAAAUCGAUCUAAUGAGUUCUCCUGUUUUUUUAUGUUGGGUUCAGUGUUGCAUCUUUCUAUGUUUUGUAAAGCUCUGGUUUUUAAAUGGAAAGUCUCGUGAAAGAAAGAAGGGGUCCAGAACAAAGGCCAAAAGAUUUUUUUGUGUGUGUUUUGUUAAACGGAAAAAAAAACAACAACUUUUUUUAUUCCAGCAGAAGAACGAGCUUCUGUGCUGCGCUUUUUGAAGAACAUUAUAGGUAAAGCUCUCAGUUUUUGUUCUUCGUUCAACUCGUUCAUCUCUUGUUUUAAGUCCUGGACUUUUUUUCGAGGUGAUCUUUUCUCACCGACAUCGCAGCCUCUCCCGGUUCCUCGCCUGCUCUUCACUCCUGACAGCCCCCUGGGGGAAAUGUACGGCAGAGCUGGGAAGAGAAGAGAAGGUUGACAUGUAGAAAGAAAGGUGGAGGAACAGAGACGCACACAAGGUGAAUGAUCAAUGCAAAAAAAAAAAAAAUCAUUUACAGUCAGGGAAUGCAGAUGGACCAUGCCAGUGAUUUACUACAUAAAAACAGCAUUCACACACACAGAUCCACAAUCCAAGCAGAAGACAGGAACUGUUUUCUACAUCACUUUUAUACACAGCUGAUUCAUUUUCUUUGUUUUAUCAGGGAUGUGAUUCUCAAGAAAGGAAAACCAGCAGCUAAAACUUGGGGUUAUACUGUAUACAGCACUAUCUCAACAGCUUCUCCUGUCUUUCACUACACAUGACAACUUUGCAACCAAAAACGACGUUAUCUUCUUCUUUAUGUUUUUGGUUUUCGUUAAGGUGCCAUGUUUACUGUCGUUGAUGUAGUUCUUCUUUUUCUUUUGGCAAAAACCAAGACUGUUUACCAACCGCCUGCUAAAAGAAAGUACGUUAAAAGACCUUCCUGACAGCACUGGAAGCAUGAAGUCAGUCAGCGUGUGAGGCCAUAAAAAGAUGAGGUCUUUCACACACACGCAGAGAGAUAGAUCGCCCUCUUCCUCCUCCACUUCUACACCUUCCCAAAGGGAACAAAAUAUCUUAGUGUUUACGUACGCCACAGAGGCGCAUCCUGAUGAUCUGUUAACCAAAGGGGGAGGGCUUAAAACCAAAAGUGAGGCACUUGCACAGUGUGUGUGUAAUGAAGCACCUAGUACAUUGUGGUUACUUUUAGAGAAAUGCCUCCUUCAUCUCCUACUUAACUUGUUCUAAAAGGAAGUAAAAGCAAAUCCAGACGCAGAUACUUCUUUGUGUUUUGGAGAAGCUCGAAGCACUUGAUUAGGUCACUCCCUUUGUUGUUCAAUGUGCACUGCACACUCCAUUCAAGCAAAGCUUUGGUUGGAGCUCUCAGAAAAGUCGUUGUGAUCGGCACGUUAAACGAGGUAAAAGGAAGCGUUGAGGUUAUCUGAUUUGAAUGUGUUCAUUAGAAUUCCAGCCUCGAUGUUGGCUCAAAGGCAGGAAACAAAAUCACAAGGCCAAAUAUAUCACAGAUGUUCACUUUGAGUGACUCUUUUGUCACCCGGGGCUGCGUUCAGCUUUACUCCACCACGCUAAAAAUAAAUUGAAAAGUCCCGCGUCGAGGUUGAAACAAAUGUUUCCACAAAUGGGCGUGUUGUGAUUCUGUUCUGUUUCUGCAUUUAUUAUGUAUGAAAUGUGUCUGUAUGCACGCUGAAAUGAUUUUUGUCACAUACACACACAUGCAGGAUCAUUAUUCCAAACCAACACCAGCUAAUAAACUCACACUCCCCCAGUUCGUAAACAUCCACACAUGGAGAUCAUAGCUCUGUCAUGUUUUGUCUCUAUAUUUUUCUCUGUUCAUGUAUAUAUGUAGUUUAUGAAGCUCCAUGUUUAUGAGCAGUUAGCACGGUUGUUACAUCUGUCACUUUAUGAACACGACAGGUUCAAGUGUGACGUGAAGAGCCGUUCAGCCUGUCAGGCUUCUGUUGUUUUGAAUAUAGGGGUAGCCUUAAAGUCACUCUUUAAAAAAAUCAUUGUGCUUCUUCCAUGUCAUGACAUCGAUGUUUCAGUAAGAAAUAUUUAGAUUAUCUCGAAACUGAUUUGCCAUUGUAUUAUGUGAACGUAUUCUUGUUCAAGAAAAGAUAAAUCUAUAUAUACAUAAAGACAAAAACAUGUUGAACUUUUAGAUUCAAAGCAAAAAAAAACUGAUUGAUUUGGCUGUUUUUAUUUUUCUUCCAUAUAUAUAUAUAUAUAUAUAUGAAUAUAUAUACUGUUUCUGAAUUUUGUUUUCAUGUUCUGCUGAAGGAUUCUUUAUUUUGUUGUGUCUGUUGUAACGUUAGGAGGGAGCCCAGGAUUCAUCCACACUGCAAGCCAAGCUUGUUAUGCUCUUUUCAGUGAGUGUGACCCGCAUGCUCCCGCCCGGAGCUCCUUCACGUCACACACGCACACACUUCCCGCUACCGGCGCCACUAAGCGGUUCCAAAACCUCAGUUGAUUAAAUCCUUUAUCUUAUUUCCAGUUCUCCUCUCUCUGGUGUCACACAAGCCCACUUUCAAUUAGUUUGAUUGGCAUCUCGCCGUGUUUGCGCCAGUGGUCACGUGAAGGAGCCCCCCCUCCCCACCCCCCGGCAAAGUAUGCGGUCCGCCACUGAAGCACGGUGCUCCGUUAAACCCCCACCCUCCCCUCCGAGCGUUAUUCCCACUCCUUCCAUUGAGUUACACACCUCUAUCAGAUGGCCUGUGGCGAGUCCACCGAGGCUCCUGACAAACACACUUUGGGGGUUACAAGGAUGUUUUUCUUGUUCCAGACCUCAGUGGCUGGAUGUGUGUUUUAUUUUUAUUUUUUUAUACUCCAUGCACUUCCCACUGCCCUUUCUCCAUCAUUGUGGUGCUUCAUGUCUGUUCGGACCAUCUCCUCCAUUGGUCUGUGUGGCAGCCAGUCGGAUUCUGUCAGAGUUCGGUCCAGGAACAAGUCCCUACAGUAGUUCAGAACACAGGUCACAGGUUCUGGAUAUUUUAAGCGGCAGCAUCUCCAGGCAGCUUAUUUUAAAAGUUCUCUCUUUGUUAGCUGAUUCCAGAUCAGCGUGGUGUUUCUAAUAAGAUUUGGCCAAAAUAAGCUCACACCCUUCUUCAGGGUGAAUCCAAAUGACCUCAGAAGAUACCCGCUGCCAUGUUUUCAUGCCUGUCCAUCUCCUCGUAGACCGGUGAGGAACUCUGGGAUUUGUUUGUGGACCGUGUCCUGGCCUGUACCAACAACGUCUCGAUCCCAUUCACUGCCAACAGCACAAAGAUGGCCUUCGCAUUAAGAGGCCUUUCAAAGGCGCUCUGUCUUUGCAUACUGUUACAUUCUGGUGCUGAGGCCUCGGUGGGAGAGAAAUGGAGGUGCUAUAUGUUUCUCCCAUGUGUCCUCUGAUCAUAACUCCAUUUUGUACACAAUGUUAUGCUGUAGAACAUGAAAAUAAAAACACCCUGCCUUCAAGUCAACCAAGUGUCCAGACACCAAUUAGUGAGUGGGUCGCCCCGAAUACUUCUGUUCUCUCUGUCCUGCUUCCUCAUCAGCUUUGACGGUUUGCUUUCACUGCUCAUCAUUGUCACUGCAUGUUUGUUUCAGCCCCGUGGGUCAGAACAAAACGGGUCAGGUUCAUAGAAUAUGAAAGGAGUGACGACAAACCUUCAAAUUCUCCUGUGUGAGGACCCAAACACCUAAAAUAUCCAACACUCAAGCUAAGAUAACUUAAUACAUCGCCAUGUAAAGAGUAGUCGACUGAACUUAACUCAAGGUCCAUUCACUCAUUGCGGUUCGUGUUGUGUUCUGGAGCUUUUUCAUCAGUAGAUGAAUCGUAUCAGCUGUCACGGAGCUGUGGAUGUUCAGACUUGCUAAAAAGCUCAGUCUGCUGACGAUGGUUGAAAGCUCCAGAAGGCGUCAGUCAAAUGAGUUGAGAUUGUUUUCUCCAAAUGCUUUUGAAUAUCUUACAUUCCACAUGAUAGAUUAGAUUUGACAUGCAACACAAAUUCAGCCGUAGUUGUGUUCUCGGCUCAUGAGCCACAGCUUGAAUCUCUACAUUAGAGAUGUUUGGGUUGUUGGAUAAUUGACUUCUGUUUGGGCAGACAAAAGAGGAUCGAGACUCAUAUUUUUAUUUCCAAAUUGACACCAUAAUGAAGUAUGCCAUGUGGUUUCAUCCUUCUGAUGUUAUCAUCUGACUUCAGCCAAGCAACCUGGUUGAAGGAGGAGGAGGAGGAGUAGGGGGGCGGCGGUUCAGGAUCAGGCUGCCAUUAUAAACGUGUUCACAGCAGAAUUAAAACCGGUAUCAAAGAGCCACAAUAGGCGGUCUUGUUGCUCUACCGAGAGUGAUAUGAAUACUUAUGAGGACUUUUUUUUUCUCUUUAUGGAGCAGCGGUGGCUGUUGUGGCUUUUGUUCUCUGCUGUGUUUACCCCCCUCCACCGCCGCCUAUUAAAGGGCCGAGCGUUCAGCCGUGAUUUAUACCAUGAAUAAAACAAGAUAGCAAUAUUCUGCUUACGGAUGGUAUAAAAAUCAACUCUUGUGAGUUACGAGGGACCCUCAGUGUAUAUGUCCUUACACACACGCACGCUCACACACCCAUGUAAUGUCCACACAGGGGUUGUCCAGCUUAGAUACUGAGCAGUGAUGGCUUUAACAGCAGUUGACAGGUUUAUGUAUCUGAUCCUCACCUAGAUCAAUAUUUCACACAUGACAAGACUUGUUUGUGACAAGAAGCUGACACUUAUUAUUUGUUAUAUCAUUCAGUACAGGUCAAUAUAUGCUACAAUAUAUACAGAUUAAGCUUCGGUACAGUAUAUCUAAGCUACAGUAUUGGUGUGUAUCAGUAUAUUCGUGUGAUAUCCCUGACAUUAAUACUCAAAUAUCUAUGUGGUUUCCAUUAUUUGCGCUCACAGCUCCACAAGUUGAAGUCAGAGUUGUUUGAAACCUGUGAGCAGAUGCCCACAGGGUGUAUCUGCCGUGCUGGCCUGCAGCUCCUUCACACAGACCCUCGUGUGUUCUGCAGUAAUAGUGUGACAGCAGGCGGCACUCUGGAGUCAUGUGAGAGUGACUGCAAAUGUAAUUAGACUCAUUCUGAUGUCGCUUAAAAAAAAAAAAAAAAAAAAAAAA